GCCGCGCCGGCCGGGAGACCGUGUGGCGCCGCAGUCCGCGGCCUGGAGGCAGCGAGGGACAGUAGAGGCGGAGGAGGCGAGGCCCGUGCCCCGGGGGAAGCCGCGCCGGCCCGAGGCCCCGGGCAUCCUCCCUGCGCUCCACCGCACCAUGGCUCCAGAGCUCCUGCUCCUCCUCUGCCUGUCGUGGGGCGUGCACGCGCGGUCCAGAAAAGUGGAAGAGGAUGAAUAUGAAGAUUCAUCAUCAAACCAAAAGUGGGUCUUAGCACCAAAAUCCCAAGACACCGAUGUGACUCUUAUUCUCAACAAGUUGCUGAGAGAAUAUGAUAAAAAGCUGAGGCCAGAUAUUGGAAUAAAACCGACCGUAAUUGACGUUGACAUCUAUGUUAACAGCAUUGGCCCUGUGUCAUCAAUAAACAUGGAAUACCAAAUUGACAUAUUUUUUGCUCAGACCUGGACAGACAGUCGCCUUCGAUUCAAUAGUACAAUGAAAAUACUUACACUGAACAGCAACAUGGUGGGAUUAAUAUGGAUUCCAGAUACAAUCUUCCGCAAUUCUAAAACUGCCGAGGCUCACUGGAUCACCACCCCGAAUCAGCUCCUCAGAAUAUGGAAUGACGGGAAAAUUCUUUAUACUUUAAGGCUCACCAUAAAUGCAGAGUGCCAGCUGCAGCUGCACAACUUCCCUAUGGAUGAGCAUUCCUGCCCACUGAUUUUCUCCAGCUAUGGCUAUCCUAAAGAAGAAAUGAUUUAUAGAUGGAGAAAAAAUUCAGUUGAGGCAGCUGAUCAGAAAUCAUGGCGGCUUUAUCAGUUUGACUUUAUGGGCCUCAGAAACACAACAGAAAUCGUAACAACAUCUGCAGGUGAUUAUGUUGUCAUGACUAUAUAUUUUGAAUUGAGUAGAAGAAUGGGAUACUUCACUAUUCAAACAUAUAUUCCCUGUAUACUGACCGUGGUUUUAUCCUGGGUGUCAUUUUGGAUCAAAAAAGAUGCUACGCCUGCAAGAACAGCAUUAGGCAUCACCACAGUGCUGACCAUGACCACACUCAGUACCAUUGCUAGGAAUUCCUUGCCUCGUGUGUCCUAUGUGACUGCCAUGGACCUCUUUGUGACUGUUUGCUUCUUAUUUGUCUUUGCUGCUCUGAUGGAGUAUGCCACCCUCAACUACUAUUCAAGUUGUAGAAAACCAACUACCACUAAGAAGAAAACUUCGUUGUUACAUCCAGAUUCCUCAAGAUGGAUUCAUGAGCGAAUAAGCCUACAAGCCCCCUCUAACUAUUCUCUCCUUGACAUGAGACCACCACCACCUGCAAUGAUCACUUUAAACAAUUCUGUGUACUGGCAGGAAUUGGAAGAUACCUGUGUCUAUGAGUGUCUGGAUGGCAAAGACUGUCAGAGCUUCUUCUGCUGCUAUGAAGAAUGCAAAUCGGGAUCUUGGAGAAAAGGGCGUAUUCACAUAGAUAUCUUAGAACUGGACUCAUAUUCCCGGGUCUUUUUCCCUACAUCAUUCCUGCUUUUCAACUUGGUCUAUUGGGUUGGAUACUUGUAUCUCUAAAUGUUGCUGUGGUAGAGUAAAGAGCACUAGGUUUCUCUCUUUACCUUUCACCUUCCCGAGACCAGUAGUGACCAAUUGGGGUAGGAAGGAAGGACACUGCUCAGUUUAUCUGAAGUUAUACAUUACCUUUGAGCAGUAGAAGAGGACGUGGCAAAUAUUUCUAUUAUGUAUUUCACACUCACACACAUGCGUGCACACACAUACAUUGAGUUCCAAAGUGAUAUUCUUGCUAAUCCCUUAUUGAAUCUGUAGCUUGGUGAUGUUUAUGAAUAAGGUUUUUGGAUCUUGGAAGCAGUUGCCAAUUAUCAUUGCCAAAAAAUAUGUAAAACAUGCAAGAAAAUAUCCAAGAAGCUCUCUCGGGCUAAGACCCCUUCUGGGUCUUUCCCCUGCAGCCCUUAGGGGUACCAGUGCCCAUGUUUGUGGUGUCACUGCUUGCUAGAUAGGACACACUCAUGCUGACCUCAGCCCCAUGUUCCCAGGCAGUCUGAGUUCAAGUGUGAACUGCAGUGAGUUUUGACCCAGUUUCCUCUCCCUGUGGUCUCUUUUAUUCCGGUACCAUCAUUGUUAUCUAGCAUUCCUUUAUCAAAUAAUCUCAUCCUAGGCUUGGGAAGGCUGUAUAUGCAUCAUCCACAAGUUUCCAGUUGAGAAAAAAAAUAUGAUUUUCAAAAUUCUUGUGUUUCUGAAGUCAAUGAUAUGAUCUCUGAACAUCAGAAGGCUAUUACUUUAUUCCAAACUACUGAAAGUCAGCAGUAUUUUUAAAUUUGUUUUCUUGGAUUAGUUCAGCUAAAGUUCAACAUUUACUUUAGGAGUUAUGUUUUACUAGAGCAAAAUACAACCCCAGAGUAUGUAUCUUGCUUAUGUUAUGCUAUUACAGAUUCAGUGAUUAUCUUCAUCUUGCAAAGAAAGGCAUACAGCAUUCACAAGCCUUUGUCUUGAAAAUGUUUUCCAGGGUGUGAAAGAAAUGUAGAUAGAAUUUUAAAAUUUCUUAGUGAAUAUUAACUUUUAAGUCAAAUCAAACUUAGAUGCAAAAACAAGGGCAAUGGCUAUCAUCAAUGAUAUAUUUUGAUGAACAAAAAUUAUUUUAUACUUUGAAAUAUGAAUAUGUAGCAAAAUCCCAAAGAAAAAAACCCUGAGAUUAUUACUCUUUUGAUAUUUUUAUAACACAAAACUAACUUGCUUCUUGAUGUUAGUUCUUUGUUAUAACUGGACACCAGUAUGUACUUCACAAGACUCUUCAGAAGCUUCCCACCAUUGAUAGGAUAAAAGUCCUACCAGUUCACUAAUACUGCUUUGGCAUUAUUAAAAUUUUGGUACUAAAAUUUUGGUACCAAUAUCUCUGUGAUUCUCAUUUUUCUCACCCAGAAAACGGAAUUAAUUUUAUUGGAAAUCAUAUAAUCUUAUUUUAAUUAUCUACUGUAAAUAGGAUUACUACUCAGAAAAAAAGUAAAAUAAUAUACAGGGAGAAUAUAUCAAAGUACUGAUUUCAUACAAUUUACUGGAUGCAGACCAACACAAGGGGAUGGGAGUGGAAGAGGCUAAACAAAGUAAAAUUAGAUGAGUCUUUAUUUUUAUGAACAUGAUUCAUAUCAAGUGAAUGCAAAUAUUGGAAUACGAUAUUCUGAGUCUAUAUAUUGUGAGACAUCCAAGCGCAUUAUUUUCCUUCCUGUCAACUCCCUGCCUUUUGACUUGAUAGUUGCUACAUGGGCCACAAACCAACUGGAUUCUAUUUAGCUAAUUCAGUUUAAGACAUAAAAUAAUGAUAAAUAUUUGUAGAGAAAUAGGUUGAACCUAUUGACUUACAUGAAAUUUAUACUCUAUCAGAGAAUUUCACCUACUAGCAUCCUUGUUCUGUCUCUUAUGCAUAAACACUCUCCCAAACCUGGCAGUGGUAGUCUGGAGGCUCCCUGACCAAAGAAAUCCCACCAUGUCCCACCAAACACUGAGUACACAUGGAAGGUGGCCCGAGGUUGGUCUUCUUCAAACAUAAUUUUCGACUUCAUGAAUUUAUAAUCUCUAAAUAUGAAGAAUUUCAACCUGUUAUGUCUUUUUAAAGAUUCUGGAGGGAAAUGAAUUUUCUAGUGAAAUUCUUCUUGGAAGGAAAAUAACCUAAGAACACUUUUAUAACUUAAGUUUGGUCCAAUUUUACCUGAAAAAAUUUAUUGAUGCUUCUUGUUUCAAAGCCACUCAAUAUUUGGGUGUCAUUGGCAAUUCUUAUGAAAUUAUAUGUAUAGGAUGUACCAUACCAAUAACCUGCUUCCUGAAUCCAACCAUUCUCUUCUCCCUGAACUCAGUCAUCCUACUGAUCUAAGCAUACUAGUUCAUCAUUCAUUUUCCAUGAAGGAAAACUUUCGUCUCAAGAGAGUGUAAUAGAUGUUCGCUCACAACAUGCAAAAUACAUUCCUGCACAUACAGCUAUCUACCCAAUAUGGGUUCUGACUAAAAAGAACUCAAACAUACCCUCAAAACACACCGUCAGUUUCUCUGCAGGCUUGCCUGUUCAAAUUCUCUUAAUCAAUCUCAACUCCUGAGAUGAGCCUUCAGUCCACAAAAUAGAAGAGUAGCAUGUACCUUAUUCAUAUAUAGAGAUCAGGGGCUUGCUUGAGAAAGUCUGUAUAAGUUUACAUUUUGGAGGAAGGAAGAAGAUAGGCACAGGGAGAAUAUGAGGGAAGCGCAUCACUCUUAAGUUGAAGGACUCCUUCACCAGUAUGCUUGGUUAGUAGAAUAUGUGUGAGGUACAUGGAUAUAAGACUGUUCUGCACAGACCCAGCAUCCUUCAGCUCUGCCCAGCUUGCUGUGCACUUAGACUUGAGAAAUAUUUUUGUGGUUUUGCAGCAGCUGGUGGAGACAUUGUGUGAGUGACUGGUAUUCUAAAGGUGCUACUGCGUUCCUCACUUUCAGAAAUACUGUAAAUUGGAGAAGUGAGAGUUCCGUAUUUUGAAAAGGAUUUCUAAUUUCUUACCACUGUGGAUCAUACUUACAACUGUGACUGUCUCUCCUUUAAGCUGCAUCCAGACUAAGAGGCAAAGAGAAGGCAUUUCACAUUACAGGGAUUAGAGAAAAAUGCUUCUUUAGAGCCUAGAAAGUUCAGUUUGUACAAAGUCUCAACACCAUUGACCAGACGAGAGAGAUUCUCGGGUACUGGACAGUGAAGGACAAUGUCACUAUAACUUACUCUGGACCCAGCCAAUACUGCCCCCAAUUUACCCAACAUAUGCCUUACAAUAACACAUAAAGCUUAUACCAUACACAUCUUAUAGAUUUUCUAUUUUCUGUAAUCACAUAUGUUUCAUGUGAGGUUUUUUAUUGUUUAUGAAUGGAUGCAGACAGAAUUUUCUUUUUUUUUUAUGUACCAAGCAGUUUUAUCCUUAAUUGUAUAUCAAAUCAGUUAAGAACACAGUUUUUAUGGAUUCAAGUGAAAAAACACUUGUCCUCCAUGGCAAAUGAUUUUAGGCAACAUAAGGGAAAUUGAGGCCAAUCUAAAAGUCAGUGACAUAGUGCUUAUGAUGAGAUGUGAGUGUCCACAUAGAACCUUCACACCAAGUCUUUUUACCUGGCCAUAGCUUGCUGCAGUAGAGGUGUCUAAACAUAUUUUUUGCUGCUCUGCAAAAUACCACACUCUGCAAACAAAGGUGGGUAAUAGACAACCCUAUUUUGCUUUAAACAAUACUUGCUACAACUGGGAAGCAACGGGGCACUCUUUAUCUAAAGGGCUAGAAAAUAAGACAAACAAAACCUCUUCUUCUUUGAUCAUUUUUAUUCAGCUGCCAAUAAUUGAGAACUUUCUGUGAUUUACUUUGCAAACUUGAAGAACUAUAACUGGUUUCCAACCAUUAUACUUAUCACUAUAUUAGAUCAGUGCUCUCGAGACACAAAGCACUUUGAAAUCUCCACGAUCUUACAGCUGUCUGCUUUUUCUAAGUUUAUAAACUAUAUACAUAUGAAGUUUCAUCCUCAAUUUCUGUAAAAAUCAAAAGUUAGUGAAUGAUUUGGAGAAAAAAUAGUCAAAUAUAAAUACACAUUAAAAUGUUUAUGAUCAGUAUUGACCUUCAGAACACUAUUAUUUUUAAAAUAAUCAGAAAAGGGUCUGGAAAUAAGAUGGGGAAAUAUUGUAAAUACACUGUAAAUGUGAAAUUCACAACUUUCUGUUGAGUCCCCUUCAAAUUGCCCCAAAUUGAGGAAGUGUGCAAUCUGUACAUGUUUCUUUCUCUCAAAAUUGCCUGUAGGAAACGUUCAGGUUCACACGGUUUAGAAGUACCUCCACAUUGUAUAGUCAUAUUCAAAGAACCAGAAAAAAGAACAGUUCAGGCUAAAUGACAAAUCUCUUCUUGUAUUCCUUACUGACUUACCUUUUACUUUAAAAAUAAAUUUUUAUCAUUAUAAGGGGAAAGCAUUAUAUGUUGAGAAAACAGGAUGACAACUCAGCCAUUCAAAUCUCCAGGAGAAUAAAAUCUUUGCUUUUUCUAAUGUCUGAUAGUUUUGAAGACUAGAGACUACAGCAUUUCCAUUCCUACUUUAAAAAUUUCUUCUGAUUACAAGUUAGCAAUUUCAGGCUAUAAGCCUGGUCUAUUUCUAAUAAAGUCAAAAGAGAGAAUGUUCCCUACAAUUUGUUUUUCAAAAUGUCCUUUAGCUAAAUGAUGGUUUUGUUUCUAAUGUUGUCAAUAAAAUAUCAUAAGCCUCUGAUUACUCUGCUCACAUAAAAACUAAAUUUUAGACUAGUUUAAAUCAAUGCUAAAAAAUUAGUUGAACAGUCACUAACAAGUUUUCAAUGUUUUGAGCUAAUCAGAUUGUAUAAUAUAGAAACAUGAGCUAGAAAAUUAGGAAGACAAAACAUGCAAAUGUGCAUAGACACACACAUGCACUUGUGUGCACACACACAUACACACUUCUGUACACACAUAUGCACUCACACAAAACAAACACUGCUUGGAUACAACAUUCAGGUAAUUGAAGGAAAUGUAAAUUGUUGUACUUGAAUUAUUCAGAUAAUGACCUAUUUUCACCACUUCAUUUUUUGUUUUUGUUUGUUUGUUUUUGUUAUUAUUUAUUUAUUUAUUUAUUUAUUAUUUUUUUAAGAGUAAAUUUAUUUUUUAUUGGUGUUCAGUUUGCCAACAUACAGAAUAACCACUUCAUUUUUUGAAUUUGUAACCACAACACAGUUUUCCCAGCCGAAUGGACCAGCUUCACAAAGUGAGGAUGAUAAUGGGUCCUGCAGGGAAGAAAGUUCCUCUAUGUCUUUUGAACAGGUUAAACUCAACAGACUGUAAAGAAUAAUGAAGAUCAAUUGUCAAUAAGGAAAUCCUCCAGAUUGAGGAGGUAGCUGCUAUCUUUCCCUCUUUUCUAGUUAUUUGGAUUUUUCUUCUUUGUUUUUCCCACAAAUCAGUUAUUCAUAAAAGAAUUAAAGUUCCAUUAAAAAGUAGAAGUCCUAACUCACAGUCAGACUGAUUUUGAGGAACAAAUGAUAAGUGCUUUAAUUUGGUUAGAAUUUAUUACAAUAGUUUUUUAUCAUGCACUGUCAUAUAUAAAAGGAGGGUUUUGGGGGCGUGAGUUUGUCAACUGAGUGAAAGCCCCCCAAUACACGUAGUAACAGUUUAGUCACUUUGAUGGGGAGAUCAGAACACCCCAUCUUAUACGUCCCAAUCAACCCACCCACCAUUUAAUUAACAUGCCCCAUUCAUUUAGUCCAUGCACUGGUUAGUGCAGGUUAGCCCUGCAAUCUAUAGAAAAAUUUUUAAAAGAAAAGAAAAGAAAAAAAAAAACUGCACUCUGAAGUAACUUUCAGUGCAAUUACAAGAUAAGUAAUGAUAGAAAAUUCACAUAAUUUGCUGACUAAAUUUUCAAAUUGUGAACCAGAUAGUGUAAGAUUUUAGAAGAAAUAAACUGUGCUGCAUCACUAUAAUUAUCAUCACCAUUAUCACCAUCAUCAAUGUCACCAUUUUCAUCUAUAUCCUUUUUCAUGCUCCAUACUAGUCCUCACUUAUUGAUCCAAAACAAAGGUUUAAUGUUUUUCCCAAAUCAUAAUGAAAUUAGAAUUUAAAUUAAGAAGAAAAUUGAAAAGUUUAAAUAUGUAGUUUAUAUAUUAAAUAUGCAAAUAAUUGUUUAAAAUGUUGCUUUCCUAAAACAUUUCCAUAACUUCUCUGUGUCCCUCCAGUUCUAUCUACCCUGAUUCAAACAAAAUUUGAAAUAAUUCCUUUUUAUUGGUUAUUGUUUAUUGGUUUAUUCUGGGUUUUAUGUUUGUUUGCUUUUUUUAAAAUCUCAUUUGGCUUUUUUAUUCUUAUUCUUUUUCAUGAGGAUAACACAUGUAAUGGAUAAGACCUCUUUUCCCUAAAAUGGAUGUACCUGUGGACACCACAGAUUUUCUUAGCCCAAAAGGACAAUCAAUAUGCUUCUUAUUAUACAGUUUGGGUCUGAACUUUGAUUACUCCUAAUUUAUCUUGAGAUUUUUACUUUGAGAUAGAAAUAGACAUAGGCAAAAUAUAUUGAUUAUAUACAGAGUUUACUAUUAUAUUACCUGUUUAGAAUAAUUCUACAAAAACAUUGUAAAUGAUACUUUCAAUCAUCUUGACUUUCAAAAUGACUAAUUUUGUGCUAGUAAACAACGUUUACAGGCACAUAGUUGUAUAACUACAUAACAUAUUUUUCCUUACAAGCAGCUCCUGGACUGAGUGAAAGGGUCAUUCCUCAUGAGUGCAUUUUCUAUGGAAGAUUUUAGAAGAGUAAUAAUUUUCAGGGAUUGGGCCUGGGUUGUCUUGUAAGAAGCAAAGGGCCAUCUUGUGUUUACAUGCAGUGAUGUGUAUGUAUGUAUUUGUAUAUGUAUGUACAGUGGUAAAACUGGAACAACUUAUUAACAUGUGUAUUACUCUACCCAUCACCCCAAAUGUAGUUGAAACAAGUAGGAAGGAGCAGAGUUUCCUAGUGAUAGCAUAUUUGCUUCCUAAGCAUUUAGUUAAGGAAAAGGGAGUGAGGGAGAGAGAGAGAGAGGGAGAAAGAGAGAAAGAGAGAGAAAGAAACCUGACAAUUUCUAUAUUUUCUGAAAAUGUGGGACCACAGUCUUUCUUAAAAAAACAAAACAAAACAAAACAAAUUUAAAUACCUGAUCUGAAAUUAGUUCUGAGUUCAAACAAACCUGCCUCCUAUUGAGAACACCUGAUCAUAUUUUUACUUGGGUGCACAUCUGAGUGAUUCCUUGAUCAUUUGUGCAAGUGGUCAAUAUAAUGUUAGGCUAGAAGCAGUUUUCAAGAUGUAGAUGGAAAAUAGCCAUCCUCUCACUUCUGUAGGACAUAGCUUUCCAGUGCAAUGUGAGAAAGCAUCAAUCAAGUCCAGUGUGAACCACACGACAUAGGAAUUAGCCAUAGCGCAUGGACUGUCCUCUCUUUUUGAAGCUUGUGUGGAAAGUAAAACCACCUUGAGCCCUGGAAGAUGCCCCAGGCAUAAAGGAAGGGCAAAAGCCUAGAUCUGCUCUCUGCCUCAAUGGAAUCCUUCCUGCUUGUGAAGCUAUCUCAUUCAGGUGGAAGGAAAGUAGAAGGAUUCCAGAAUCUGAGAGCAUCUUGGAAUCCGCUCUGAGGACAUAGUGUAGAGGAGCUUGGCCUCAAGAAGGGGUCCACCCUGCCAAAGUGCGUGUGCCCAUCCCUCUCUAGACAAGUGGACCAAGGACCAGGCCAGAGUCCCCGCCCUCACCAAGUGGCCUCCAACAGCUCCUGCUUCCCUGUCGUCCCAUGAGGGCCUGGAAGCCCUGACUCCCAGUCUUUGGGCCAUCUUGGGCCCUUCUAUCCCCAGAUGGUUCUGAGGUCUCACUGUCCUCCUCCCCUCUGUCAAGGACGUAACUCCCGCUAGCCGUGCAGCUCAGCUCGUGGUGUCCUAGUGAAACGAGGGCGCCCUAGCGCCCAACGUGCCUUGGCGACACGGGCGGCACGCGCCCCGCUUCGCCUGUCCAGUCCUGCCGCACCCUCUAGGCCUUGGCCUGUCCUGGGCCAGCUGAGCCUGGUGGCUGGGCUGCCCUCUGUAUUUGUAUUUGGAUUCCUACGUUUGUACUUCUAAUACAAAUAAAUGCACAUGUUGUCAAAAAUA